AUGAGUUAAUUAAAAGAGUUUACAUGUUUGAAAGAAAAUCAUGAAGGACAAUCUAUAGAAGGAUUUUGUUUAAAUUUUGGUUGCUCCGAACCAUCUCAGUGUUGCUUUAAAUGCUUUAAAGACACUAAUACACACAUCUCUUGCAAAAAUGACUUACAAUAAUUUGAUAAUAUCACUACUAUAGUCGAUAGUUUUGGUUAGAUAAUAGAUAAAUUGCAGGAAUCAUUGAAUAAGUCCCAUGAAAUUUUCCAGAAGAAAUAUUUAGAACUUAAUUCUUAUUUAGGGAAUUAACAAAAACAUAUCAAAAUGAUUUUAGAUGUUUUAACAUAACGAGAUUUUAAAAAUAUUAAAAAUAAUAUCAAUUUUAUGAAAGAGGCUUAUGAUUAUUUGAAUAAUAAAAAAGAUUCUUCAAAAUAGAAUUAAAUUAGUAAUUAAAUAUAAAUUUAAAUAGAAUGUAAACUAAAUGAUACCAAAAAAUUCAUUAAGACUUUAGAAAUAGAAUAAACACCAGGAUACUAUAACUUAAAAGUACUAAAAUAAUGUAUUUAUUUAUUAAUAAAUUUUAGCAAUACAUUUACUAAAUGUUUAAUAAUGGUAGUAAGCAGAAAAAUUAAUAGAAAAACAUAUAAAUGAAUCUAAUAAAAAUAUAUCUUUUGCUAAAUUCCUUUAAAGUACACGUAAUAUAUAUAAUUUAGGCAUUGCCUUAAUUGAAAACAAUUAACCAGGAAAAGGUAUGAUAAAAAGAGAUGAAGCAAUUAAAAUGAAUGGAAACUUAUAUAAUGAACUAUCGGAAUUUGUUGAUCAGGCAUUUAAGAAGAAGCCAAAGAAUAAAUUUAUAUCUAUCAUAAAAAGUUAAUUAUAUCAGUAAUUUCUUUAGGUUAUGCAUUAAAUGGUCAAUAGAAAUAUGAUUAGGCGAUUGAAUAAUGUUAAAUAGUUUUGAAUGAGUAGCCUAGACAUCCCCAUGCCUGUUAUUAAAAAAGUACUAUUUAAUUUACAAAAGUAGGCUAUGUUUUAUAGGAUUAAAAACAAUAUGAUCAAGCUAUUAUAUGUAUUGAAAAUGUUCUUGAAUCCAGAAAGUAAUAUUGUAUUGGUCAUUUUUAGAAAGGUAGUUUAUUUUGCUAUAAUUUUAAGCAUAUUCUUUACAAUUAUAAGGGAAACAUCAAGAAGCCAUUAAUGAAUACAAUUUAGCAUUAAACUUAGAUCCUAAUUUUGCCUCAGCUUAUAAUAAUAAAGGUUUAAUAUUAUAUAAUAUUAAUAGGUUAUUCAUUAAAUAGAAUUAAAUAAUAUCAAUAAGCAGUUGAAUGUUUUGAUUAAGCAAUACAUAUAGAUCCAUUUAAUGCAAAAACAUAUUAUAAUAAAGGUUGAAUAUGAUAUAAUUUUAAUAGGUUUGUCUUUAUAGUGUCUUUAGUAAAAUUUUGAAGCUUUAUUCUAUUACACAAAAGCAUUGAAUAUAGACAAAACUUAUGAAAUAGCGUAUAAAAAAUAAGGUAUUUAUAAAAUAUAAAAAAGGCUAUUUAUUAUAAAAAAUGAAAGAAUAUAAAUUAGCUGCUGAAACAUAUGAAUAAGCAAUUAAAAAUUGCUAAAAUGAAAACUAUGAAUUUGAAAAAUUAAAGGAUGUUGUCAUAAAAAUGAAAUGA